AUGCUAACUUCCGCGAUAGAUAUAUCUGCCUCCCCCUCUCCCGCUUCCUCCUUCUCGGAGCGUGCGGAGUCGUUCGUCGACGCCGUGCUAGGCACGGCCGACGACGGCUCCGCCGCUGCCGCUGCUCCUGCCCGCGCCCCCGCUCCUGCCCGCGCGACCGCGCCCACCGCCGCCGCCUCUGCCUCUGCUGCGCUGGCCGCCCUCACGUCGCCCUUCCGGGUGACGACGCCGUCCCCGCCGCCGGCCGUGACGCCCGGCCCCUCUGCCCCCGCCUCCGCUACUGCUACCCCCGGCCUCGUCCCUAAGGACACUGCCUCCGUCGCCCUAUCGGCGGUCCCCUUGGCCGUGCCCGCCGCCGCCCCCGCCGCUGCUGCUGGCCGGGCCCCCCCCGCCCCCGGAGCCCCCGGAGCCGCCGCUGCCGCCGACUAG